UCCGCCCUCAUAUCAUGGCUUUUCCUCAGUUCUCCCGCCUCCCAGCAGAGCUCCGAAUCCAGAUCUGGAACGACAGUCUCCCGGACAAGCUGGGCCGCCCAAUUUAUCCGUGGAGGGAGGGCUGCUGGCAUUGGAUCUACCCCAACUCGGACCGCGAGGACGUAAUGCCUGAGCUUGAGUUUGGCUGUAAACUCCUAGACAAUGUGCGGCUGGAAGUGCCCCAGUUCUUCGUCAGUUGCGAGGCGCGGAUGGUCGUCACGAAAUGGGUUCAGCGUCAGGGGCUGAGGAUCAUGUUCGAUCGCGAAAGACAAUCAUUGGCUAUCGUCCGAGGCUUCGACUCCAAUCACGAUACGCUGUAUGUCUCGUCCGACGAUUGGGUGCAUUUCACUCUCGAGCCGCAUGACCGAAUCGAAGAGCUGGACCAGUUCAUCCGCAUCCCCACCCCGGCCGUCAAACACAUCGCCCUGCCCGAGGAACUGUUGGCGAAUUCCGCCGGCCUGUUCCACGAUCUCUUCGACCAUUUUCGGCAUAUCCAGACGGUCUUUGUGGUCAAGGACGUACCGUCCGAGCUGGAGCCUGACCAGCGGCCAGGGGAGCUUCAAGAUUGGUGGGAACUGCAGCGCACGUCGGGGGAGAUUCUUUCCUGGGACUUCGAGCAGCAUGAAUUCACGCCACCGGAGAAUGACAACAACAUCGAUGACCAACUACUCUAUGGAUUGAUCAAGCGAGCUAGCAUAGGAAUGCGUCGGGAACGACCAGAUGGGCUACCGCCAUCUUUCGAGGUGUGCCCGGUUGUUGCUGUCCGCAGAUGAACAGAUCGUGUCAGGAUGCAUGGUAGUGGUGUAUUGUUUUGUUUCUUGUUUUACUUUAGCGUCCAGAGCUCAACCAGGAGUCUAUGCCUUUUCUCACGAUGCUUUCUACGGUAUAGUCUCUUGCUUAGAUGCGAUAUUCAGUGUAUAGAUUGCAUGCCCCCUUCCCAUCCUCAUUGCCAAAUCAUCUAUCCAUUUGCGGUCCCGCUAUACAGCCACGGAUGCCUCUUGACAAUGACUACCCCUGUCUCAC